UCCCGAUCAAUUAAGCAUCAUACCUAGCUUUUAAAUAUGCUGUGAGAUGUCAACGCAGAUAAUGUUUGGUAACUUACGCGUCUUUAGAAGUGUCUUGGCGGCCGAAAAUGUAAUUCAGUUAAUUCAUGGUAAAACCAAAUUAAUCUAUAGGAAAAGUCAUGUAGUUUCCUACCGAAGUGCCCCACCGCCUCACUCAAAAGCUACUACAAUAGGAGCCGUUGCUGUUGGUGGAGCCAUGUGGUGGUGGGUAAUUUGGCAUCUUUGGCAUGAACCUGAUCACAUUACGGGAGAGUUCGAUUACCCCAACACCUCAAAGUGGAGCAAUUCCCACUUAGGAAUCCCUCGGGACGAUAUAUAAAGUGUUUUAAGUUCGAAUUAAAUUCAUUGAUGUUACGAAAACACUGAAUAAAUGUAAAAGCGGAAAAUAGAGUAAAAUACAAUUUUCUAGCCUCUAGCGAA